AACUGCGGACAAACGCUCCUUAAAAAGUGAAAAUGUCCUCGGAAAUAGACGAUCUAGAAGAGGACGAGUUGGAACAGUUAUUACUGGAAACGUUGGACCGAAACGCGCGCCAAGAAACGCAGCAAGAACCGACUCCCGGCUCCAGCAAAUCAGGUUCGAAACCGGCACUAACAGUCGAAGGAUCCACGUUUUUGCUCCAGGACACGGAAGUCCCGAGCGAGGCGGAAACGAGCUCUGCCAAAACACUGAUCGCUGAUGCAGACAUCGAUUCGUCGGAUGACGAGGAAACGCGCAACUUUCUCGAGCGAAAGUACAACCAGUACGGGCGGCAGAUCAACGAUUUGCUGAAAUCGAAGGAAGAGGAAAAAACUGAUCAAGCUCUUUCAAAAUGGGUGGACCGAAAGUUGCUGCAAAUCAAACGCGGAACGGCCCAGAAACCGGCACCGAUUGCAGAACCAUCACCGCCUCCACCCUCACCAAGAACGGCGAAUGUUGGUGCAGCUCGGCCGGAAGCACAGAAGUCGUCUCCGCCGGGUUUGGCGCCCGUCUUCCAAGGCACCGUGCACACCGAUCCGGUGUUCGGUAUGCGCAUCGUGCAUCCGCUGAUAUCCAGCCAAACACUGGUGGAACGCAUGGAGGGCAAAAAGCCCGUUCCGUUUAUGCGGUUGCGGAACUUCAUCGAAACGGCCGACUUGCAGCAGGAUUGGGUCAUUGGAGGGGUACUGGUCAGCAAAAGUCCAACCAAAACCACCUCCAAGGGUAAGCAGUUUGCCAUCUGGAAGCUGAGCGAUCUGCACGGAGACGUCAAAAUGGCCAGUUUGUUCCUGUUCUCCCAGGCCUACAAAGAUUUGUGGAAAACCACCGAAGGCACGGUCGUGGCCGUGCUGAAUCCGAAUGUGCUGAACAACAACAACGAUAGAAGCUCGGAAGCGACCCUAUCGAUUGACCGAUCAACCAAAGUGAUGAUCCUUGGUCAAUCUCGAGACCUCGGAACGUGUCGUAGUCGCAAGAAGAAUGGGGAUCGCUGCACGGCUAUCAUCAACCUUGGCCAGUGCGAAUAUUGUGUGUUUCACAUCAAACAGGAAUACAACAAUGCAUGCAACCGCGGCGGUCUGCUAACUUCCACCGGUGGUCGUGGCUUGAACGAGUUGAGGAACAAAGUGCUUGGCAAGAAUGAGGUCUUCUACGCCGGCCAAAGCUAUAGCGCGAUCAAAGCAGUAAAGAACCCGAAACAGGUCGAGAAGGAUCGUCAGCGAAUGUUAACACUGUCCGACUACUAUCGCUCACCUGCAGAGGGAAAUGGUGCUACCGGAGGUCCCAUCUCCGCCAAUCCAUCGUACCGAGCUUCUUCGAGUCCGUCCGUAGCGAAACCGAAACAAUCGGCUGCAAGAGUGGAGACAAAUGUUGGACAACGCAUGAAAGAUGUAAAACGUCUGGAAAGCCUUGGCGUAUCACUGGAAACACUGAAGGCAACGACUAGCCAGCCGUUUUCCAGUUCACAAUCUGCACCACCCGAAAUGAAACCAAGUCCAUCUCAACCACCUCCAUUUAGCCUCGCCAGUAAACCAAGCUUGAGCAGAGAAGCGUUCGAGAUCGAUAUUAUCCCAAAAACGGUUUCGGUGGCGAAAGCGCUGCAAUCGCGAGCACGUGCAACGGCGAUUCUAAAGCAGAAACCGAUCGAAAAGUCAAACCCUAACUUUAUCAAGUAUCGUGGCACAGAACAAGGCAAAAAGCGAGUGCUGGAAGAGGUAGUUAAAAAUGCGGCCGGAAGUGAGGAGAAUGCGGCCAAACGCCCGAAGCUACAGGAUGGGCCGAGCGAGGAAGAACGGGCUCGCGAUGAUUUCAUAAAGCGCAUGAUGCAGGCCACCUCUUCGCACAAGGAACUCGUCGUGGCGAGCGAAAAUGCGGCCCAGGAAGAGUACUUCCAUAAGCUCGAACGCAAGGAAGCGAUGGAAGAGAAGAUGCUGAACACCUUCAAGGUGGCUUGCAAGGCGGUCAGCUGCAGUCAGUGCAAGUACAUCGCUUUUUCGGCCGCCGAUCGUUGCAAAACCGAGGGCCACCAGCUGCGUGUACGCGACGCGGAGAAACGGUUCUUCCGCUGUGCCGAUUGUGGUAACCGCACCGUCAGCCUGUUCCGCAUACCGAAGAUAAGCUGCAAAUCAUGCCAAAGCUCGCGCUGGGAACGAUGUGCGAUGAUGCGUGAUAAGCGUGGCAUCCAGGUGGGCGAUGUCCUGUCGAUCCGUGGGGAUGAAGAAAAGUAUCUCGGUAGCUUAGCGGGCGCCAACGCUAGCCUCAAUCUGCUGAUGCCAGAGGAAAGUUGA